AUGAAUCACCAUGAUGAAGAUUCCAUUCAAGAGGAGAAUUCUUCUCCAUUGACUCAUUCAUCACUAUCAUCUGUAGACUCCGAACAUGACCUACCAUUGUUUGAUGAUCAGCAGAAUAAUAAUGAAGAGGAAAACAAAACUGAUGAUGAUGACGAUGAUUUAAAUUUGAAUAUUCCUCCAGUCUUGGAAUUUGGGUCAUUGAUUCCCGGUAUUCCGAAGGAUGCUUCGUCAUUGUGGACUGAACAGUACAUCUAUAAUACAGGAUUAAUCUACCGAAAAAUUAUGAUCAAAGUUGAUUCAUAUCGGUUUGAAAGGAAUUUUAAGCUUGCUCACGAUGAACUGAUAAAAGCAAUUAAUUUAUUUCCGUAUCAGCCAGAGGCCUAUUAUAAAAGAGCGUUAAUUUAUUUCCAAACAAGCAAUCCAAAAGAGAUGCAACGAGCAAUUAAUAUUACAAAAUUUGUCUGCAAAGGCCACCCAUUUUGGUCGCUCUUGUGUGAAGGAUAUACAUGUGAGGUUGAACAAAAUUUUACAAAAUCUCGUGAUCUCUAUGAACAAGCGUAUCACGUUCCAAAAGAGCAAAUUUUAAGAUUUUAUGAAAAUACUUUCAAGCUUUCGAAUCAAUGUGCCACUACGAUGUAUAAUUUAUUUGACGUUUUCUCACCUUUUUUUGCAAUAUUUAAUCAGGGCUGUGUGAUGAUGGAUUUAGAAAUCGAAAAAGAGGCAAUUAACACAUUUCAGAGCGCCAUUGAUUUUCUAGAGAAUAGUGCUAAAAACAAUGUCUUUCAUUUUCUAUCUGUCUCUCAGCUCUCAAAACUCCUCUCAAUGGGAAAAGCGUUGUGUUUUAACAAUAUGGGAUGUUGUGCUUUACAAUUCUCAACUGAUCAUGAAGCUCUCAAGUAUUUAUCCAAAGGUAUUGAAUACAGUCGGAAAUAUGUAUUAGUUUAUGAAAAUAGGAUGAAUCUCUUUAGCAGGCUUACUAUGUAUGCUUCGGCUGUCAAGGAUUGUGAUGCCGUACUGUCGUUUGCUAAAAACCCAGAAACACUAGAAAAGAUGCAAGCAGAAAAGGCCUGUAAUAUUCAUCGAUGGAUUCAACAAGGCCCAGGACAUCAUUGUAAAUAUUCUUAUUCUGACCUUGAUAACCUUGUUGAAGAAUUACUUGAAAAAUAUCCUAAAAAUCAUGUGCUCUAUUUAACUAAGGCACUCAAUGCAUCAACAUUAGAAGAGGCUGUUGACAUUUUAACACAAGGUAUUAACACAAUUGAUACUCCUUCUGUGGAUAGCAUGUUCAAACUGGCUGCUUUGUUUGAUUUCAGAUCUUCUCUUUACGAAGGCAUGGGAGAAACAAGAAAGAGCGAUAAUGAUUCGAAAACUGUAAAAAGACUUGGAGAAUACCAGCUCCCUAGCAGAAUCGAGUAA